GCAAGCGCAAGGACCCAAGUUCAAUCCCCGGUACCAAAAAAAACCAAUAAUGCGUGUUGGGUGUGUGGCAAGGCUGCCAGCAGGGUGAUACUCAGUGCACUCAGCAUGGACCACCACCCUCCCUAUAGCUGGAUCCUCCCCCCACCAUGGGGUCUCCAGGAUGGAGUAGAGACUCCUGACCCACUCUUGUGCCUGUGCCUCCUGCUGAUGUUCACCUCCACUGCCAUCCUCCUCUUUCCAUAGAUCGGCUUUCACCCUACCCUCUGGCUGGGAUCCUAAUUGCUCUGGCUUUUGUCUAGGAUCUCAGAAUGCUGCCAGUGGGCAGCUGGGAAACACAAUAACACAAUGAGACCAGCAGUGAACAGUGCUGAGACAACCUGGCACCCGCCCUCCUUGAGCAACUGGGAAGGGACCAGGUCAACUCUGAGCUCCAGGGGACUUACAUCCCAAAGAGGGCUCACCAGUGUCCUGGGACAGGAGAGAGGUGGCUGGGACUCUCCCACCCACAGCAACUGCCCACACAGGGGAGGAGGACGCUGUCAGGAAGAGAUACCAUGUGCUGGUUUAAAGAGGAUGGAGCUAGUAGGUUUUGCCUUCCACUGUUCCCAUCAUGUAUCCUAUAAAGCAAAGCAUUGAUCCAGAAUAGCACACAUAGUGUGAUCACACUUGUGUGAAAGAACAUAUUCACGUGUGUUUUUGCAAGCAAAGGGAAUAAGGCAGUGAUCACAGUUGGUACAUCUGGGAGGGCAGAGUUGGAGAGGCCACCAGUAAGACAGCUUUCUUCCUGAACAUUUCUGUGCUGCGUGAAUUUUUUUGUGUGUGCUACAUGAAUUAAGACAAUCAGCAUAUGUCAUUUUUACAAUUCAUAUGACUAAAGCUCUUUGUUUUCUGUUUUUUGAGACAGUGUCUCAUUAUGUAGUUUAGGCUGGCCUUGAACUCAUAGCAAUCCUCCUACCUCAGCCUCCCAAAUGCUGGGAUUGCAGGUGUGCACCAACACACCAGCUAACAACUAAAGCUUGAAUAACAAUCUACCCUGGAACAAUCUACCUUUCUCCAGGCCACUGAGUGAAGGCUUUGGUGGCACAUCCAUUGCUCCUGCUCAUGCCCCUGAGUAGGCUGAGCUUAGUGAUGGAUUCCGCAGGUUAGAAACUGCCUGAACAGGGACCCGGCGUCUGACCUGAGGAUGAGAACCAUAGCUCCAGCCACAGCUCAGCCAAGGCUUGAUCCGCUGGGCGGCCUGUGCAUCAGCACAGACGCCAGAGGGGCCUGCGAGAUAGUUCCUCUCUGCAAAAAGCUGGAGACAACCUAAGUCUCAGCCAAGAAGAAGGGAUAGUGAAAACUACUAGCUGACCCUACUCUGGAAUUCUCAACAACAUAUGCAGGAAAGAAAGUACAUCUGUGGGUAUUUGCAGAGGAAAUGGGCCAGGAUAUAUUGUGAAGUGCGGAGAGAAAAGGCAAGCUAUAAAAACUGCAAAUACAGCAUACUCUAAUUUCCAUAUAACACAUGGAAACAUAAUUUUCCAUAUAACUGCACUGAAAGACAUCCGAAGGACACACGUGAAGCUGUAGGCGGGAUGUGCCCACGGGUGCGCGCGCGCGCGCGCGCGUGUCCCCCUGUGAGGAUGCAUAUACAUAGGAGUGAGCUCCUCGUCACAUGAGCCCCUGAGGGAGCUCACAGGAACCCCAGCCCUCACCUGUCUUUAGGUUCAUCCAGUGAGGACUGGCAUUUGCAGGCCCUGCACCAGACACUGAAAUAAACCAUGGCACCCCAUCCAUGGGGCCACCUCCUGCUGCUGUUGCUGCUGCCAUUCCUCGGGACCAGCUCCACCCUGGGCAGGGGUCUUUCCAGGCCCCUCAAAGACACAGAACCCCAACUCAUCCCAGAAGCCCACACCAAGGACUCUGAGCCCCAAACCUCUGACUUCCUGUGGCAGAACUCUAGACACUCUGGUAGCCCCCAGGUCCAUGCUGCAGGUCCCCAGAGGCCUGCAGACUCUCCCCUGGGCCCAGCCCUGCCUGGACCCCAUGCAGCCCCUGGGGCUCAGGGAGUGCAGCUCCCCAUGACUGACAACCUCCAGCUGGCUCGAGAGCCUAAUUCUCCGGGCUGGAUGGGAUCCCCCAACACUCAGGAGCCUUGGGAGCAAGACACACCUAUCCCCCUCCCAGUGGGUGCCCCCCACCUUAAGGUUACCCCCACACCUCCCAGCCUCCAAGUUAGGCCACCCACAGUCCCUCCUGCCCCCUGGGAGCCCCAAGCCCCAGUGGGGCAGCACCCACCUAGAGAUGGGGAUCCCAAGGCCAAACCUAAGACUGGGACCCCUCAGGCUUCUCCCUCAGACCCUCACCACACACUCACCACACUGCAGGACCCUCACCACACUCUCCUGCCCCAGGCAAGCACAGUCAGAGAGCCAGUGAUGGGAAGACAGGGCAGGCAUAAGGGUGACUCCCAGGAGGCUGCCAAAGGCCGCCCUUCCACCCAGGAGGACCCAGAGGUCCCUGAUGCUAGCCCUGGGCCCGCUGACCCCAGGGCCCAGCCAGACCUGGCACUGGCUGGAAGCCUUCCUCUCACAGAGGAGCUGCCACCUGAACCCCCUAAGGCCGGUGCUGGAGACACCUGGGACAUCAGCUCCCCAGCCCCCCAGCCCAAGCAGAUGGACCCUCCUGAUAUCAAGGGUUCCCAAGGACCCCAUUCCACAAAUGCUACAGCCUCAGAUACUCUGGAUGGGCAGGUGAAGCCAGAGACAGCAGUGAUGAAUGGAGCAGAACCCAUCUCCCCGCAGCGGGUGAGAGGAGCGGUGGGAGCCCCAGGAACCCCCAAGUCCCUCGUCCCUGGCCUCUCAGACCCUGGCCCAGACACAAACGGAACAGAGAGCCCUGUGAGGGUCCUGCAGCCAGAUGAAGCCGAGGAGUGGCCCCGGCGGCCCCAAAGCCAUCCCCCAGCACCCCCAGUCCAGGCCCCCUCAACAUCUCGCCGAGGCCUCAUUCGCGUCACUACCCAGCGAGCCCUGGGCCAGCCACUAGCUCCGGAGCCUUCGGCCAGCUCCACCGCCUCUGCCCCAGCUUCCAGCCCCCCAGCCAACGCCACCGCACCCCCCCUGCGCUGGGGGGCCCUGCGGCGGGUGCUGAGCUUUUCCUGGGAGCUGCACGUCUACGGAGUGGGGGUGCUCUUCUUGCUGCCCGCGUUAUUAGCCCUCGUCACGCUGGCCGCAGCCAUGGCCGGGCCCCGGCUGGCGCUAGUGGCCGCUGCGCUGGUGCUCCUGGCCUCGGGGCUGCGCUCGACGUACAUGCUCACCGACCCUUACGGCUCGAAAGCGCGGCUGGGCGUGCGCGCUGGCCUGGUGCUCUACAACCUGCCCUUCCCCUUGCUGCUCACGGCCCUGGGAGCCCUGACCCUACUUGGUCUGGGCUCGGGGCUGCCGCUCCCGCUUCAGAAGCCCCCGCUGCUAGGGGCCUUGGCGCUGGUGCACGUCGCGGGGCUGCUCGCUGCAGACCUGUUGUCUUCGCGGCCUGUGCUCAACCUCCUGGUGCAGGGCCUGUCAUGCGCCUGGGGCGCGUCCCUGGCCUUGGGCACGCUCUGCCUGUGCCGGCGUCGCCUGCUGGAUCCGCCACGCGUCUGGGACACCAGCCCAGGCCCGCGCCUACUGGCGGUGGCAGGCUCGCUGGGGCUGUUGGCCAGCGGCCUGCAGCUGGCGGCUGCGCUCUGGCUGUACCCCGGCCCCAGCCGGGUGGGCCGCUUCUCGUGGGCCUGGUGGGGCGUGCACUUCUGGCUGCGCCUGCUGGAGCUGACCUGGGCGCUGGCGCUGGCGCUGUCCGCUGUAGCCGCCGCGCGCCCCCGGCCGCCCACCGAGCACGCCUGCUGGGCGAAGCUGCUGCGCCUGGCGUGCCCUGCGCCGCCGGGCAAGACCGAGGUGCCAGACCGCCCCAACAACUGCUAUGCUGGCCCCAGUGGCCUCGGCCAGGGCGGCCUGAACAUCAGCAAGAGCCUCAUCCGCAACUCGGCAGAAGGGGGGCCGCCGGCCACUCGUAGCUCGGGAGCUUGGGGCUCAGCUGUGUCGCUCGGACGCGGCCCACCAGGUGGCCCGGGACGGUCCCGCAGCAGCGUGGGGCCGGUGCCGUCGCUGUCCCUGAGCGAGCUGGACCUUCAGCCGCCGUCGCCCAUCAACCUGAGUCGGAGCAUCGACGCCGCGCUCUUCCGAGAGCACCUGGUACGGGACAGCGUGUUCCGGCGCUGCGGGCUGCGCGGCCUGGCCUCCCCACCGCCCGGGGGCGCGCUGCGGGCCCGCCGGGGCAGCCAGCCGGAUGCCCAGACGGAAGCGGGGUCGGUGCUGCACCACACACGCUGCCGCUCGCUCAGCGACCUUCGCGGCCCGGGGCCACAGCGCGCUGCGGACAAGACUGACCAGGCGGGGCCUUCCGGGAGCUCCCUGGACAGCUUCUCCCGGGGCUCGCUCAAGAUCAGCUGGAACCCGUGGCGGCACGGGCUAUCGUCCGUGGACAGUCUGCCCCUGGAGGAGCUGCCCAGCACGGUGCAGCUCCUGCUCACCCCGGCCCUGGCCCGGCACGGGGAUCCCCGGUCCGAGGUCCCACCACGCAGCAAAGCCGGGGACUCCCGCAGCGCCUCCAGCGACACCAUAGAGCUCUGAGCCGGCUUGGGGUAAGGCCCGCAGGACAGCCGAGCUUUACACACUGGCCCACUACAGCCCCGAAACAGCCAGGCGGGAACCCACAAUCCAGCUUUUCUUUUUUAAAUAUCUCUAUUUUUUUCAGCAGGUAUUGUACUCAGAGGCCGUGAUUUACACGGAACACAGGGUGAAGGGCAUGGAUUUGGGCAUGGGGAACAGGGACCACGAGACUACCGGGUAUGGAGAGGUGCCAGCUCGUCCAGACUGUCCUCUUUGUGCCAAAGAAAUAAACCCAUAACGUUUG